CCAGGUUUUAUUUAUUCAAUAAAAGGAGCACUUUGAGGAGGGCUGUCCAGCAGAGCAGCCCCCCUGGCCUUCUGGGACUGCCUCUGUAGCACCACCCUCAGAGCUGGGUCUCUGCUCACAUCACCCACGUAACUCCACAUCAAAGAAAAUGCAUCUGAGCAAGAGGGCUAGAGAGGAAAUUGAGUACGAAGAACAGACACCAGCAACCCAAGGCCAGGACCACAGCCCAGCGCCUAAGGGAGAAGCUCCAAGAAGGCCAGAACCUGUGGAUGAACCUAGCUCUGAUAAACAGCCUCAGGAAAAGGUGUCUGCAGAGCCAAAACAGAACCAAGUGCCACGCAGACCAAAGAAGAAGUACGACUGUCCAACCUGUGGAAAAGUUUUCUGUCACAACUCCGCUCUGAAGCGACACCUUGUGAUUCACUCAGGAAAAAGACCAUUUAAGUGCUUCAUAUGUGCAAGAGGAUUCACCCAGAGUGGAAACCUGAAAACACACAUGAAAGUUCACAAAGGAGAGUUACCAAAUUGGACAUUAGUUCAAGAAACGAGUCGUCCUGAGGAAUCUCCUGUGACAGUUCAUGUGUGUGGAGAGUGUGGAAUGGACUUCCCUCAGAAACAACAGCUGGAAGAACACAGAGAGAGUCACAAAAAGCCUUACGCGUGUUCUGACUGUGCCAAGACAUUCAAAAACGAAUAUUAUUUUAGACUGCAUAAGCGCAUUCACUCUGGAGAGUCACCUUUCCUCUGUUCAGAGUGCGGGAAGAGCUGCAUCACAGCAAGUUCGCUAAAAACGCACGAGUUGACACACACUGGAGAGAAGAAUUUCCAUUGUGAUCAGUGUGGGAGGGCAUUUUCACAGUCCUCCCACCUCAGCAUGCACCUCCAAACUCACACUGGAGAGCGACCUCAUCUCUGCUCUAUCUGUGGUAAAAGUUACUCCAAAGCAGGUUGUCUGAAAGUUCACCUGCGAGUUCACACCGGAGAGAAACCGUAUACCUGUGAGAAAUGUGGCAAGUGCUUUUAUUACUCUCAAGGUUAUCAAGCGCAUUUGAAGAUUCACAACAAGAAGCCAAAACCGCCAACAAAACCUCUGGGGAGACCAAAACAGCAGCUGUUAGUGGUAAAUGAGAUGGGGUCUGAAAACCCAGACGACUUUGGACCAGCUGUGCUCCUCGCUGAGGAAGAGCAGCAAGAAAUAGGAGGUCUGAUCAACUCUGAUGGGGAGGAAGUUGAUUUCUCGGAUCUCGGAGAGAGCGCCGUCCACGGUAUCGGAAUAGCAGAGCCUCCCUCAAAGACGUUUGACCAGACUGAGAAUGAAAAGCCACCGUCUCUUCACAGCUGCUCAGUGUGUGGCAAAGACUUCCCUUACGCCUCUAAACUCCAGCGCCACCUACGCACUCACUCAGGAGAGAGGCCUUUCCCCUGCUCCAUGUGUGAGAAGAGAUUUCCAGAGAAGGGGCUUCUCAUGAUCCAUGAAAGGGUCCACACUGGGGAGAAGCCUUUCCCAUGCACUUUCUGUGAGAAACGAUUUGCCAGUCAGGGGGAGCUCAGGCUUCACCGGCGGACACACACCGGCGAGAGGCCGUACCACUGCUCCAUCUGCCUGAAGAGCUUUUCACGUCACUGGCACCUGAAAACACACUUAGAGGCCAUGCACUCGGAGGUUGUUGCCGGCUUUACGAGGAAGAAGUUUCCGUGUUCGGACUGUGAUAAGAGCUGUAACUCGGCAGCCGAACUGAGAGAUCAUCAGAGGACUCACACUGGAGAGAGGCCCUACCAGUGCUCUUUCUGUGACAAACGGUUUGCCUUGUCGGGUACUCUAGUGAGACACGAGCGUCUCCAUACCGGCAUUACCCCCUACCACUGCUCUGACUGUGGGAAGACAUUUGCACAGCAGUGGACGCUUACGACGCACAUGCGAACUCACACGGGGGAAAAACCGUACAGCUGCACGCAGUGCGAUAAGUCUUUCGUAGCUCCCGGAGAGCUUCGGAGACACACAAGGAUUCACACUGGGGAGAAGCCGUACACCUGCGCGGACUGUGGGAGGCACUUCUCACUGGCAGGAACUCUCAGAAACCACAAACGGUCGUGUACGCAGAACAAAAAUGGAUCAAUUACAGGUCUCAUCUCAGGCCCAGUUCAAGCUCCAGAUGGUGAAUCAUCCCAACAAGACCUGACCAACAACAUCAGCUCUGAGGUGUCUGGCAGACAGAGUUUUCCCAGUUCGGUCGAGCCCCGUUCUUCAGAGGGUCUUAACUGUGACAAAGCAGCUCAGUGUGAAAAUAACCAGAGACAGUCAGAAGACCGGCAGGAGGUCACCACCUCCAGUCCACAAAUGAAUGUAAUAGUGAAAGAGGAGGAAGAAGAGGAACCUUUGUGUGAAGCUCUUGACCAGGCGUCCAGGGGUGAGGAUUGCACCAUGUCAGAGGAAAGUGAAGAGCUGCAGCAGGAAAGCAACACAGAAAUUAGGAUUACAGUGAUGCCAUCUGAGACACAGCGUCAUGGUCCCAUACGGGCAUAUUUAACCGUUCUAACACUGCUCCUGACCACUGUGGAAGACAUUUGCACAGCAGUGGACCGCCUACGCACGACGCACAUGCGAAUUCAACGGGGGAAAAACCGUACAGCUUGCAGCAGUGGCGAUAAGUUUUCGUUUCGUAGCGUGCCCGGAGAGCUGUGCGGAGACAACAAGGAUUACACUGGGGAGAAGCCGUACACCUGGCGGACUGUGGAGGCACUUCUCACUGAAGAAGCUCUUGACCAGGCGUCCAGGGGUGAGGAUUGCACCAUGUCAGAGGAAAGUGAAGAGCUGCAGCAGGAAAGCAACACAGAAAUUAGGAUUACAGUGAAGGAGGAAGAAGAGGAACCUGUCAACAUGACUGUAGAGGAUCCUGAUUGUGUUGCUGACAGUGAAAAAGACAGUCCUCCAUUAUCGCCAGUGCAGGAAGAGUUUAACAACAAUCUCACAAAGAGCUCUUACUGCUGUGGGCUCUGUGGAAGAGACUGUCACAAGAUGUCUGCGCUGCAAAUCCACAUGCGAAUUCACUCGGGAGAGAAACCUUAUCAAUGCAGUCUGUGUGGGAAGCAGUUCACCCAGAAAGGUCAACUCAAAGGUCACCAGAAAGUCCACACAGGAGAGAAACCGUUCUCCUGCCCGGACUGCGGGAAGAGCUUUGCCCACUCGGGGGCCAUGAACAGACACCGGCUCACUCACACAGGAGAGAGGCCCUACCACUGCUCCGUGUGUGACAGGAGCUUCAACCAGUCCGGACGCUUGAGGGAACACGAGAAAAUCCACUUUGGGGAGAAGUUUGACUGUCCAGAGUGUGAAAAGAGUUUCACACGAGCUUCAAGCCUCAAGAACCAUUUCAGGCUUCACACAGGAGAAAGGCCGUACGGCUGCGACAUCUGCGGGAGAGGAUUCAGCCGCUCACAAAGCCUGAGGCUCCACAAACGAAAACAUGAGCUGAUACAGACUGAGGAGGAGUCUGCCUUCAAUGUGAAGAAUGAUGAAUUCUCACAGAGUGACGAUAACUCUCCAAUUAAUAUGUGUAUAACAGACAAAAACAUCUUAUAAUGUAUUUAUAUAAACCACACAGGUAUGUGCCAGUAGUGCUAUAACAGUACAAGAUUUUAGGCAGUAGAACGUGAACUGAAAGAGACGUAAGUGACUACCUCUGUGAAUAGACCGUUAUUAAACCUUUAUGUGGUGGUUCACCCAAAAAGUAUUACAACUAAGAUAUUUAUCUCCCGGAAACGUGCAAAUUAACACACAAUCACACAAACCAGUUGAUGUUCAGCGACUUUCAACACAGUUUCAAACAAAAUGACAAAACAAAUAUUUGCUACAAACGCAACUUUUGUAAAAUCUUGGAAACUGUUGAGACGAUAAAUUUUAGAGGUCGUAUUUGCUCGUUUAUCACUAUGUUAGUUUCAUUGGAAAAUCAUAGUAUUUAAGGUAGUGCAAAUGAGUCAUUUAAGGUUUGUGAUUUCACUGUGUCCAUGCAGUAUUUUCCAUUCCAACUAAUUGUGUAUGUGGAAAUUGGAUUGAAGAGUAAUUAUGUUUUUGUAUCAGAUGUUACGGUGGCCAAUGAGCAGUCCAGGAAUCAGGUGAAACUGGAAUUCAUUCUUUGGGAAAUGUACCCAGUAACAAAACCAUGGGAACAUGAGGUUACAUCAGGUGUUUGCCAAAACCAUUUUGCCUUAGUGGUGAUAAAUUUUUAUCUCUGUUUUGUACAGUAGUUAUUCAAGAACCAAAUCAUGAUUCAGGUUCACCUGGUUUAAACAGCUCUUUAAGGCCAAGAAACCAUUGUGAAUUAAAGGCUACGAUACAAAAGGCAAAAAUUUGAAGCCAUGUAGAUGGUAAAUUUUGCCCAGUGCUGCCUCUGUCUAAUUGUAUGGGACAUGUUAUA